GAACAUACUCGUUUAUAGUUUUGCUUAUUACGAAACUUGUUGUUCGAGGGUCAUAGUUAAGAGAUAAAAGUACGUAUAAAUGUAGUCGGCAAAAUUAUUGAUCUUAAUGAACGGUCAAAACAUUGUCCGCCUCAGAACUGUACAUACUGUAUCGCAGGUUUUGUGAAUUAGCCACUUAUUCGUCAAAUUACUAUACAAACAUGGUUUUCAACCGCAGUUUCUUGCUCCUUCUCAUCCUUGCAACCUUUGUAGCAAUGGUUGUUUGCGAGUGUACUUCGGAAAAUAUUGAAAGUAAGAGUUUGGAACAAAUGGGUGAAACCACCAAGAACGAUAUGGGCGCAUACAUCAAGAAACUGCUGACAAGUUACAAAGAUCUGGGCCCGGAGGCUAAAGCGAAGGUAGCUGCCAUCUCCACGGUGAUGCAAGAGCAGAUGAAGCAAAUAACGGAUAUCACUAAAUUUAACCCACAAGACCUCAACAAAGUCACGAAAUUAUUUGGAUAAAAUGCUUUAAAACUAUAUAAACCGACUUUAUUUUGUAAUGAGGGAAUACAACAUCCAGCUCAUUGAAAAGAAACGACUAAUUCCAUAGGGAAACUAAAGGCACUUACGGUUUUUUUUUUUCAAAAUGAGUCAGAAAUAGUAGUUUCUCAUUGCAAAAUGCGAUCCACAUAAAUCGCGUGUACAGAAAGUUUGUAUUAUUGUCAGGGAUAAGAUUGAAAAAUGAGAAGCGGAUGUAUAU